AUGUCAGUCACCUCGACUCUGACAUUGAAUAUCCGAGGGAUGAUCAUGAGCUUGACAGAGAUUCAAUUACGGGACAGCUCCUUGAAAUCCUGGGCCAGGGGUAUCUUGAACCUCUUGACAGAAGAGAACCUGGUGUUGCUGGCCUUGCUGGCCGAGCUGUCUCGCACCGUCUCGAGCUACCACCAUAGCUUCGAAAGCAGCCGUGGAAGCCAUCCAAGUUGUCUGGCUCGCUCAGCUCAGCAUUUUCGUGCUUUGAGUGAGGAGUUGAACCGCUUGUUCUCCUUCAGGAGCAUGGGAGGCGAGCUACAGGAGCCCCUGACUUUAAGUCCGCAGUUCACUGCGGGAUUCAUGCAGUUGUUGCAAAGCAGUUACAACCUGAUGGUUACCGAGGCCGUGGUUCACGGCAAGACCAUGCUUUUCUACCGGGCGAAAAGCAAGGACGUUCGAAGGACGAUCGCCGCACAGCUGGGGAAGGUGAACAACAUCAUUCGAAACUAUGUGGAAGCUGUGCGGUGCCAUCACCAGAUGGGGAUUGCAGAAAGUUAUCACCCCUUUGAUGUGGCGUGGUGGCGGGAGGCUGGUUGCGAUGACAAGACCUUGCGCGGAUGCCCAGGUCAUGUGCUUCUGGGUUUUCUGUUGCCCAUUCUUUGUUUUGGGCCGCAUGUUCACAGCAAAGGCCGAAGGUGA